AUGCGUGCCUCUCUAAGCCUGGCGGCUAUAUAUACCGCAGCUACGGCCAGCGCCUUCCAGGGCUUCAACUACGGAUCUACCUUCACCGACGGUAAAGCAAAGACACAGGCAGACUUCGAAUCCGAGUUCAAGGCCGCAGCUAGCCUCGAGGGGACCAAUGGCGCCUUCACUUCCGCCCGCCUCUACACCAUGGUCCAGGCAGGGAGCACCAACGACCCCAUCUCUGCCAUUCCCGCCGCCAUUUCCACUAAGACAACCCUUCUGCUCGGUCUGUGGGCCUCUGCCGGUGACGCUACUUUUGCCAACGAGCUUGAGGCCUUGAAAAAGACUGUCUCGCAGUACGGCAGCCAGCUCAAGGGCCUGCUUGCUGGCAUCGCCGUCGGAAGCGAGGACUUCUAUCGCCGUUCACCUACUGGCAUCGCCAACGGUGAGUUCUCUGGCGCUGAUCCCAACACUAUCGUCAAAUACUUUGAGCAAGUUCGAGAGGUCAUCGAGAACUCCCCCUUGGCCAACACCACUCUCGGUCACAUCGACACAUGGACCGCCUGGGUUGACGUCAGCAACAAGGCGGUCAUCGAUGCCUGCGACUGGGUUGGUAUGGAUGCCUACGCCUAUUUCGAGAAGACCACGCCCAACUCCAUUUCCGACAGCAAGGAACGCUGGGCCGACGCUUUGCGUGCCACCCAGAACGCUGCUGGUGGGAAGCCCGUUUGGGUCACUGAGACUGGUUGGCCUGUCAGCGGCAAGACUGUAGGGGCUGCUGUUCCAUCACUCGAGAACGCAAAGAAGUACUGGGAUGAUGUCGGAUGCCCCCUGUUCGGCAAGACCAAUGUCUGGUGGUACACAUUCCAGGAUUCUUCUCCAACAACCCCCAACCCCAGCUUCGGUGUCAUUGGCUCGACCCUGACUACCAAGCCCCUCUACGACCUUUCGUGCGACAACGCCAGCUCUGGCUCAUCAUCCUCAGCCUCGGCCUCCUCCACGAGCACUGCCUCUGCCAGUGCCUCCACUGCGGUGCCAACUAAUGGUUCUGGCUCGGGUGGAAGCGGUGGCGGAAGUGCUAAUCUUACAGGCAGUCUUUCGCCUUCUGCCUCUCCAAGCUCCGGCACCGGUCGCCCUGGUACUAAUGGAAACGUCAGCUCUCCGACAACGACACCGAAGAUCGUCCCCGGCAGCAGUGCGGCUACGACAAGCUUCAGCAUUGUUAUUCUGGCUGGCGCGGUUGUUCUCGCCAUGUUGUAA